GCGAGGGCCGUGUGCCCCGGCGGGCCGGCGCGCGAGGGCGGCGGCGUCUUUGUUGCGGCCGGGCCGUCGCGGCCUUUGUCUGCAGAUGGUGGACGCCGGCGGUCACGCCGCGGCCGAAGGCUGGAGGAGGAUGGAGGCUCCGCCGGAGGGCGCCGACCUGGUGCCGCUGGACCGCUACGACGCGGCGCGGGCUAAGAUCGCCGCCAACCUGCAGUGGAUCUGCGCGAAGGCCUACGGCCUAGACAACAUCCCUGAGGAUCUCAGAGACCCUUUCUACAUCGACCAGUAUGAGCAGGAACACAUUAAGCCACCUGUCAUCAAGCUGCUUCUCUCCAGUGAGCUGUAUUGCCGUGUCUGCAGCCUCAUCCUGAAAGGGGACCAGGUGGCCACCUUACAAGGACACCAGUCUGUCAUCCAGGCCCUGUCCCGGAAGGGCAUCUAUGUGAUGGAGAGUGAUGAUACCCCUGUGACAGAUGCUGACCUCAGCCAUGCACCCAUUAAGAUGAGUGCCCACAUGGCAAUGGUGGAUGCCCUGAUGAUGGCCUACACUGUGGAGAUGAUCAGCAUUGAGAAGGUGGUUGCCAGUGUCAAGCGCUUCUCCACCUUCAGCGCCUCAAAAGAACUUCCGUACGACCUUGAGGAUGCCAUGGUGUUCUGGAUCAACAAGGUAAAUCUUAAAAUGAGAGAGAUAACAGAGAAAGAAGUUAAGUUAAAGCAACAGCUCCUGGAAAGUCCAGCCCAUCAAAAGUCUCCCUCCAAGUGGUAUUGGAAGUUAGUGCCCGUCCGCUAUCGGCGAGAGCACCUUUCCGCUAGGCAGUCACCUUACUUCCCGUUGUUGGAGGACUUGAUGAGAGACGGCAGUGAUGGCGCUGCUCUUUUAGCAGUGGUUCACUAUUACUGCCCAGAGCAGAUGAAACUGGAUGAUAUAUGCCUGAAGGAGGUGCCGUCGAUGGCGGACAGCUUGUAUAACAUCCGGCUUCUGAGGGAGUUUUCCAAUGAGCACCUGAACAAGUGCUUCUACCUCACCCUGGAGGACAUGCUGUAUGCUCCGCUGGUGCUGAAGCCGAAUGUUAUGGUUUUUAUUGCCGAGCUCUUCUGGUGGUUUGAGAACGUUAAACCAGAUUUUGUUCAGCCUCGAGAUGUUCAGGAGCUGAAGGAUGCUAAAGCAGUGUUACAGCAGAGGAGCAGCCGGCCUCUUGUCCCAAUCUCCAACGCAACCAAACGCAGCUUCCUGGGUAGCCCUGCUGCCAUGAGCCCUGCUGACCUGCCACCCCUGACCCAGCCCCUGGCUGAAGGUGGGCAUCGGUACCACCUGCACUCGGAAGAGCCUGAGUGUCUUGGGAAAGGAGCUUCCACCUUCAGCCCAGCCCAUCCUUUGUUGCCUCUGAGGCAGAAACAGCAGAAAGCAGCGCAGGCGGAGGAUACCCCCGAUCAGCGACAUCGAUCUAACUCCUUAACCCGAGUUGAUGGUCAGCCACGAGGUGCAGUGGUAGCGUGGCCAGAUAAAAAGAGCAGGCCUGUGUCCCAGCCAACACCCUUUGCUCUCCAUCAUGCUGCAAGUUGUGAUGUGGACCCCAGCUCUGGUGACAGUGUCAGCUUGGCCCGCUCUAUCAGCAAAGACAGCUUGGCGUCUAAUGUCGUCCACCUGACCCCACAGAACCAGCCUCACCCUGUAGCUGGAAAGACCAAUGGAAAAAGCCUCCUGAGCAACGUCAACAUCGAGGACGAAGAGGAAGAGCUCGUGGCCAUCAUCAGGACAGAUGUGUCUCCUCAUUCCCCAGAGGGCCCCAGAACCUCACCUCGGACUCCCGGCCUGGCAGCAAGUGUCAGGUCUCCCCAGAGACAGGGGGACACCUUGGAGAGUAAACCUGAUAGUUUUUUCUUGGAGCCCCUGAUGCCAGCGGUACUUCGACCAGCCAAAGAGAAGCAAACGGUCACUAAGGAAGAUGAGCGUGGAGAAGGAAGAGCAAGGACAGUCACUUCCAAGCGGCCUAGCGAGGGCCCCCAGCCUCUCGUAAGGAAGAAAGUGACCAGCAGCCAUGGCGAUCGCGACUUGAAUAGGACUUUCACCCCCAUUCCUUGUUCAGAAUUUGCUGCGAGCAUUGACCCUGCAGAGGCGGGAUCUCAGUCAGCAGACGCCCCAGGAGAAGAAGGGCCUCUGGCUGUGGGCAGAUUUGAUCUGUUACCUCAGCGGCAGGCUGCCGAUGGCUUCUUCCUUCAUGUUGGCAGGGCUGAGGAAGAUGAGGGGAGGUGGUAUGUUGGUUCACAGAGCCCCAGCUCCCACGAUUCAGAACCCUGGACCAUCCUGAGGCAAGACUCUGACUCUGAUGUGGUGGACGUGGAGGAUGUGGAGCAGGAUUUCGCUGGUGAGGACCAUUCUGUGGUUAUCCCCAGAUAUGCUGGUGAGGAAGAAUCUGCCAAACUCCAGGAAGAUCUGAAGGUAAAGGAACACGAAGACAAGGAUGAUGCCAGUGGCCGUUCAAGCCCGUGUCUGAGCACAACUUCUCAGCUCAGCAGCAUGUCCAUGGCGAGUGGAAGUGUAAAGAUGACCAGCUUCGCGGAAAGGAAGCUCCAGCGGCUGAACAGCUGUGAGACCAAGUCCAGCACCAGUAGCUCCCAGAAGACUACCCCAGAUGCAUCAGAGAGCUGCCCAGCCCCUCUGACGACAUGGCGGCAGAAGAGGGAGCAGAGCCCUGGCCGGCACAGCAAGGACCCAGCCAGCCUGCUGGCAUCCGAGCUGGUGCAGCUGCACAUGCAGCUGGAGGAGAAGCGCAGGGCCAUCGAAGCGCAGAAGAAGAAAAUGGAGGCACUCUCCGCACGGCAGCGCCUGAAGCUGGGCAAGGCCGCCUUUCUGCAUGUGGUGAAGAAGGGCAAGGCCGAUGGUACCCCCCAGCCGCUGAGGCCUGAGCACUUCACGAAGGAGUACACGCAGCACAAUGGGGAGGACUUGGAAGAUGGCGUCUGUAAAACUGAAGGGUUCCUUGUCAAGGAAGAGCAGAGGGAUCCCAAUGAGCCUCAGGAUGUGGCGUUUGUCCAGCUGCAAAGGCCCCGGGAUCCGGCUUCUCUGCACGAUGGAGAGAAGCACAGAAUGAUCUCUGCUGCUCUCCUGGAGGACGGUGUAGGCGAGGUGGACGUGAGUGAGUGUGACCUGUCCAUUGAGAAGUUGAAUGAGACCAUCAGCACCCUGCAGCAGGCCAUCCUGAAGAUCUCCCAACAGCAGGAGCAGCUUCUUAUGAAGUCCCCAACGGUGCCAGCGCCAGGCGCUAAAAAUAACUGCCAGGACCAAAAGGUAAAGGCCCCAGUCCACUUCGUUGAGCCCCUCUCUCCAACUGGGGUAACUGGCCACCGCAAACCCCCGAGGCUUAGCCAGAGCCGGAACUCACGUCCUGGAAGGCCAGGUGAGCUGAAAGUUCCAAAAGACAGACAGCAGGGUUGCUCCCGGAGCAAAACCCCUACACCCAGUGUGGAGACACUCCCACAUCCACGGUCUGUACCCCCAAGCACCCAUCCACGGACGCCCUCUGAUCCUGGUGGGGAGCCCCCUGAGAAGUGUCUCUUUGACAGUUACAGACUCCAUGAUGAGAGCAACCAGAGGACAUUUGGUCUGUCCUCUACCAAAGACACAAAUGUUGUAUCUGAACACAUGAACUUCAGAGAGGGUCUGGACACAAAUGUGAAAGAGGCAGGGCUAGGCUCCUCUACCACUCCAGGCAGAGAGCACAAUCCAGUGGAAGAGCCACUGAGGAGCAAGGCCAGCCUCAUUGAGGUGGACCUCUCUGACCUGAAGGCCCCUGAUGAGGAUGGAGAGGUGGCUGGCCACGAUAACUCGGUGGAGCUUGGCGGAGACGGUGACCAGAAGCCAGGGGUCGGCUUCUUCUUCAAGGACGAGCAGAAAGCAGAGGAUGAGUUGGCUAAGAAACGGGCAGCCUUCCUUCUGAAACAGCAGCGCAAGGCUGAAGAGGCUCGUGCACGGAAGCAGCAGCUGGAGGCCGAAGUGGAGCUCAAACGGGAUGAAGCCCGGCGUAAAGCUGAAGAAGACCGCAUCCGGAAGGAGGAGGAAAAGGCACGGCGAGAGCUCAUUAAGCAGGAGUACUUGCGAAGGAAGCAGCAGCAGAUCUUGGAGGAGCAAGGACUUGGCAAACCUAAAUCAAAGCCGAAAAAGCCACGGCCAAAGUCAGUGCAUCGAGAAGAAUCCUGCAGUGACUCCGGAACCAAGUGUUCCUCCACACCCGAUAACUUGAGCCGCACACAUUCUGGCUCCAGCCUGUCCUUGGCUUCUGCAGCGACAACAGAACCCGAGAGUGUUCACUCAGGGGGCACACCUUCUCACCGAGUUGAAUCGUUGGAAACCUUGCCCAUUCUGAGCCGCAACCCCAGUAGGAGCACAGACCGAGACUGGGAGACCGCAUCGGCAGCUUCCUCUCUAGCCUCUGUGGCUGAGUACACAGGUCCUAAGCUCUUUAAGGAGCCCAGUAGCAAGUCAAACAAACCGAUUAUUCACAAUGCUGUCUCCCAUUGCUGUCUGGCUGGAAAAGUGAACGAACCUCACAAGAAUUCAAUACUGGAGGAGCUGGAGAAGUGUGAUGCCAACCACUACAUCAUUCUGUUUCGAGAUGCUGGGUGCCAGUUCAGGGCGCUUUACUGCUACUACCCUGACACUGAGGAAAUCUACAAACUCACUGGCACGGGGCCAAAGAGCAUCACCAAGAAGAUGAUCGACAAGCUAUACAAAUACAGCUCGGACCGAAAGCAGUUUAACCUGAUUCCAGCCAAAACCAUGUCUGUGAGCGUGGACGCCCUCACAAUCCAUAAUCACCUGUGGCAGCCCAAGCGGCCCGCAGUGCCAAAGAAGACCCAGACUCGUAAGUGACCCACAGCAGCCAGGACUUGGAGAGGAUGUGCCGACGGGAUCCGUAUUUAUUAUUUUCAUCCAUUUGGGUACGAAAUGUGUGGAGCCACAGACCCUUCUUCUGCAGAGGUUCCCAGAGAACAAAGAAGAUCCCUCUCACUCCCGCAUGGAUGCUGGGCAGGGGAGAACAGGGGGUGAACACUGGCUUUGGAGCACGGCUGCUGUGGCCCUGCUGACCACUGAGACUGUCAGAACGAAGGGCAUCAUGGGGCAAGGUCCUGGGCUGUGUACCCUGUACUUGAAGUUCUUCAGGAUAAGUUCAAUGUGAUCUCUCUGGCCUCCCCCUCACCCCCUUUGCACAUUGCCUGAUGCCCCACGUUGGCCAGCUGUAAUCGUGCGUGAUUAUAGGGCCAAGGCUCACUCUCGGGUCAGGGUGUUUGAAUGUCUUCAUAAAAGGAGUUCGUAUGGGAAAUCUUUUUCAGAAAUUGUAUGAUAUUUAUUGACUGUGUCUACUGCCAACCUUUAUAUCCAGUUCUAAGAGUUCUGAAAAAUCCUGUUCCUUGCUGCUCAGAAAAAGUUUACUGAAAAUGCCAGUUCACCAAAAGCACUGAAAUGGCAAAGUCUGUCUUCUGCUAAAAUGACGUUUACACAUUUGGAGGUGAUUAUUUCUGCCACACAGUGGGGAAGGUCUUGGGGUGGUACUGCUAGCUGGUGCUGGCCUUGUUGGAAGCAGGCAGCCAGGCCAGCCUCGGCCACUGAUUGGGUCUGGCGGAGUGUGCUGAUGAUUUGUUCACUUUAAUAAAGGCAGAUUUUGGUACAGUAGCAUAUUUUUCACUCUGAGCACAUUUCUCUUGAGAUGCCGCACUUCGGCCGACAGUUCUUGGUGGUGUUGUGAUGUCCGACCCUGUUGCAUUUCUUGCUUCUGGAGGAGCAGCAUGCUCUGUGGGGUGCGCAGUCUCAGGUGAGGUUGGGAAUAGUUUUGUUGUCUCUUCUAAAACCAGUUUGUGGUUAUUUACAGUUAUUCCAGAAUUCCAAGUUGGUAAAACCACUUUGGGUUCUUCCCCUCACUGGUCCCAGUGGUGGCUGACUCACCACAGUAGACAUUCCUGGGAAGCAGGUGCAUCUCAGCCCCAACCACAGUGUGUCCACGCGUGAAGGCACCCCCAUGAUGGACCAGCUGCCCGAAGACCCUGGAGCCACUUUUUAGUUUUGCACAUUUCUUUUUGAGAGUGUUACUUGAAUCUAUCUGAACUGCAGAAAAAAAAUUGAAGAUAAUAUAGAGAAAAAAAUAGAAAGUGUAACUGUUGAUAAUGUUAGGUAGAUGGGAGAAGGAACAUGGUAUAAACAGUAGAGGGACGUGAAGGCCUCCACUUCCCUCUUUCUUUGCGACUUUGUACGUGUCAGGCGUGACGCUGUGCUGUAAUUAACACAGCUGUAUAUGAACAUUAAAGUCUGACCGCCUGUCCCCAGCUGUCCCCACGCGUGCUUCAUUUCUAACUGUGCACUUGAUGUUUUAUCAUAUUUAUUUUAAGAAAGCACUAAAAUGUAAUAAAGUUAUGAGCUGGCUGGCUUUCUA